AUGCACAGCGUCAAUAUCCGCCGACCAGACAGCGUCAUAGGCUCAGAAGACUCGGAUCAAGCAGACUACCGUCUGGCACUGGAUUCCCCUACUGGGUCGAAGCUGGUACGCUUCCGCUCGCCCCCUCGGUCACCACGGACGUCCGGCCUUUUGCUCGCUCUUGGAGAUGUCAUUCAGCAAGACGAGGACGACGGGGAAUGGGAAGAGGAAGAAUCAGGAGAACAGGAGUCGAACUCGGGCGAGGAGCAAGAAGAGGUCGCUGGAGAUCCCCAACGAACACUGUUCGCCGACAUCGCAGCGCGACCUGCGCCCAUCCUGGGCCUUAGUGAGGAUGCGGCAAGAAUUUUGCAAUUCGUUGCUUCCCGUCCAAACGCGCAUACCAGGGACGAGUCCCCUCCACCUCCUUCCUCUCUCGGAGGGGUGUCAUCCACUCUGGUCGACGGUCUGUCUACUCAACCCGGAAGUCCGGGUGACGAAUUGGCGGCUGUCGAGGAGGACGAGACGAUCACCCAUAUGAUCAGCUCUGUGAUACCGGACUCGCCUCCAGCAUUCACCAGCUCUCCCCGCGGUUCCGUAGCCGUGUCCGACGACCCGUCAAGAUCCAUCUCCCUAGCCCCCUCACCAGUCCACGGCUCCCCCACACCCUUACCAAGAUCCUUGGAGCCCAUUCCUGAGUCGCAACUGCCUUCAUAUCCCACCCUUAAUGACCCCGAUAUCCCAUCUCAUACCGGCGAGCCACCUGGUCACAUGGAACACCGAGCGCGUCUCGAUGAGAUAUUGAUACCACCUCCUUCUCUCGCGUCUCUCUCCCAGCGAGACUCCCUCUCGUCUUCUUCCGGACUUCUCUCCCCCAUCGACUUUACCGCUGGAUUCGCCACCUUCUCACGACCCACGAGCCUCGCCUCUCAUCGUCAUGAAAGUUCAUUAGACUCUCGGAUUGCAGAACUCCCAGAACGACUGCGUGGGUCGCCCCCGCGCUCUCCGCGGCGCAUGUCCACCUUAUCCAUCCUGUCGUCUCCGUUUGGAUCACCUUCCCGACGAACCAUACACGGCAAUACAGGGUUCGACCCGCCCUCCGCGUCCACGCUCUUCUCUCCCAGGUUUGGAGCCUUCCCCAUCCAGCCCUCACAAUCCGACGAGGACCGACAGAGCAACACGCGGCCUUCUCGCAGCGACAGCGUGGAUUCUUUCCUACUCUCCUCCGAGGAGCCGAACUCCAGCUCUGUUGAAAUCCAUAUAGACGGUCCAUCGAACGUCUCGGGUCCCCGAGCGCCCGUGCUCCUGGACGAGGACGACACAGCAGAGGCGGUCGAACCCGAGGACAUGAUGGCCGAGUACCACACGGCUAGCGCAUCGGACUUCCUCAUCGCAAACUCGGCCGACACGUCGUUCGAAUCCGAUGAGUCGAUGUCCGCGCUCUAUGAAGGCUAUUACACUCCUACGAUCCGCACGGGCAACGUUGGAGUAGCCAUCGCCGAACCGGAGGAAGUCGAUGACGUUUUCGUUGCGGAGGUUGGCCCUCUCGUCGUCCCAGCCUCUCAUGAUGUUGCUCCCGUCACCUCUCCCGCCCAGCCGGAAUCCCAUACGGAACGUAGAGAGCCUGUCUUCAGCCCUCCUUUCGCCCGCCCUCCCUCAGCCGCAUCAUCGCUCUCCGAGAGAUCACACGUUUUCUCCCCUCCUCUCUCCCGACCUUCAUCCUCGCUCUCGGGCCAAGUUCCAAAUUUCUCGCGGCCAAGUAGCGCCCGAAACUCCAUUAUUUUCACCCCACCUCCCAGACCUGUGUCACCUGCGGCUCCUGCCGCCGACGACAACGCCGAGGAACCCUCGUCGCGAGCAAGCUCGUCCCUCGGCUACACGAGCAAUGCACGACCCCGGCUCUCCGUGCAGACCGGGCCGUCGUCAGAGGGUUCCAGGAAGGUGCCGUUCGGCUUCCGGAAUUCCAUGUCGAGUCUUUCGUCUGCAGGCAUCCUCCCGGUCGGCCACUCCGUUGUCUCCUGUAGAGGAGGUGCCGUUGACGUCGUCUCCUGCUACGAACACCAGGCGUUUAAAACCCCUCCGCUUGUCUAUGGUUCUGAACUCCUCCGCAUCGUCGUUGAACUCUUCGGGUCCCUUUUCCAGUAUCCCAUCAUUGACCACGGCUUCUACGGCAACUACCGCACCAACUCCAUCCUCUGCACAUCCCACCUCUGCACCUGCAUCUCGUCCAUCUUCAUGGAAUAA